AUGGCUGCAGGCCCUUGGACCUCCCUGCUCCUGGCUUUCGCCCUGCCCUGCCUGCCCUGGCCCCAGGAGGUGGGCGCCUUCCCCGCCAUGUCCUUGUCUGGCCUGUUCGCCAACGCUGUGCUCCGGGCCCAGCACCUGCACCAGCUGGCUGCUGACACCUACAAGGAGUUUGAGCGCACGUACAUCCCGGAGGGCCAGAGAUACUCGAUCCUCAACGCCCAGGCUGCCUUCUGCUUCUCGGAGACCAUCCCGGCCCCCACGGGCAAGGAGGAGGCCCGGCAGAAAUCCGACGUGGAGCUGCUCCGCUUCUCGCUGCUGCUCAUCCAGUCGUGGCUCGGGCCCCUGCAGGCCCUGGGCAGGGCCUUCCCCAGCGGCCUGCUGAUAGGCAUCUCCAGCGGCGUCUAUGAGAAGCUGAAGGACCUGGAGGAGGGCAUCCAAGCCCUGAUGCGGGAGCUGGAAGAUGGCAGCCCCCCGGCUGGGCUGAUCUUCACGCAAACCUACGACAGCUUUGACACCAACCUGCGUAGCAGCAGUGAGACCCUGCUCAAGAACUACGGGCUACUCUCCUGCUUCAAGAAGGACCUGCACAAGGUUGAGACGUACCUGCGCUUCACGAAGUGUCGCCGCUUCAUGGAAAGCAGCUGUGUCUUCUAG